AGAGGAGUGUCAAAUGCCAGUACUUUGGCAUGAAUAAUGACAAUGACAGACCAGGAACCUCCAGACCGUCGUCAGCUUUUGGAGUUAGGGUUCAGAAGGCUGUUCUAUCUGAGAGAAAGGAUGAUCAUAACAGAACUGUUGAAGAGAGUGACGUUCAUUAUCUUUCUCCAGGCAAACUGAAAGCUAUUUCUGGAAGCAAUAACUUGGACAUGGUGACAAGUUUGGAGAUGAAAGUUAAUACAACUGAAAGCAGUCUGGGAGACUUCGGUUUGUAUGUACCCAACUUGUUUCACCUGAAAUUAUCGAACAGUGUUAUUCCUGCUGUGCGGGAUUUAGGGACUUGUUUACAACAACUUACAAUUUUAUGGAUGAAUCGCUGUGGUUUGGUUGAUAUUGAUGGGCUCAGUGCAUUCACUGCAUUAAAGGAAAUCUAUUUGGCAUUCAAUAAUAUAUCAGAAAUCAGUGUAAUGAGCAUGAUGGAUCAUGUGGAGGUUGUUGAUUUAGAAAGCAAUAAUAUUGAAGACUUUGACCAAGUAUUCUUUCUAUCUAUGUGUCCAAAGCUUCGUCUUCUUACGCUCGAAGGGAACCCAGUUUGUUCAUCAAGUAUUCCAGUCAAGAAUCAGCCACCUGGAUCAACAUACAGAGAAGCUAUUCAGAAGGCUUUGCCCGGUCUUCAAACUCUGGAUGGUGUGCCAAUCAACAUCGAAUUUACUAAUCGUACAUCAUCAUGUCGAUCAACUUUAUUGUCUACAUCAUCAGCUGGGCUUGGGCAUGAUUGGCUUUUAGUUAGUGAGGCUAUUAAACACAGAGGGAAGACAGAAGACUUGUCAUGCACCUCAUCUUCACAAGUUUCUUUUCCUUCUUCGUUGGCAACAUCAAAUAGCAGCUUUACAACUACAGAAAUUAGUGCAGAGGGAACAUUGGAUGUCCACAAGAAUGAACAUGAGGGCAGUGACUUGACACUAGGUGUAGAUCAAGUGUUUUGUGGUAACCCAUCAAAGGCUCUUCGUUCUCGGCGAUCAAAGAUUUCAACAACUGACACUAAGGAAUCAACUCCUGAAACACAUAAAUUGUAUUCAAAUAAAUCUGAGGUGUUUGCUGAACUAAAGCAAUGGCAGACAGACUAUAAUAAACUUGCACAGGCCCUUGCUGACAAAGCAAAGAUCUCAUCUCAAGUCAAUAGAUCAUCUCUAGAAACAAGCAGGAUGACAUCAUCUGCGCUUUUAUUGUCAUUACCAAGAUCAUCAGGAAUUGUUGACAGACAGGAGGAGUUUGAACAUGUCUCCAUUGAUCACACUUCUAUCGCAGAGUUGAGUCAGAAAGUGUCUUCACGUCCACUGCCACUACGGCCACAUUCAGCUGCCGACUUCAGAAGAAAGCGAUAUUGUGCACCAUCUCAAAGAAGUCUUUCGCCCACAGCACAGCAAAUUAAUGAAGAAACUACAGCAGAAAGUGAGGAUGGUGUACGACCAUGUUCUGUACCAUCUGGUAUGCUUGCACCACAUCCGCCCAGUGAACCCUGCAGAAGUCGAGAACAUUUACCAAGAAGGCGACCAAUGACAGCUAGACCAGCUGUAAGACAGUCACACCAAACCAAUUACGCAAAUUACUCAUGAUGUAGGUAAUAUUACACAAUAGCUAUAGCGUUUGUAAUUAUGUAACUGUUGUGUGUGUGUGUGUGUGUGUGUGUGUGUGUGUGUGCGUGCGCGCGCGCGCGCGCAUGCGGAGUGUGUCACCAGAGGAAAAGUGUACAGCGUGCACAAGAAAUGUGCACAAUGCAUUACAUACUAUACCACCGGUGUAUGAACGGGGGAGGGGGGCUGUGGCUUUCUUGCUCACUGUGGGAAUUGAAAUUUUCUGACUUCUGCAAAUCUGUUUACGGUCUGGCAAGCGAGGUAAGGUAGUUUUGCUUACUGAUGAUGACAUCCACGGUACAGCCUGACAUCCACGGUACAGCCUGAUAUCCCCCCUGCUCUCCCCCCCUUCCCCGCUCGUGAACAUCUUCCUACGCCACUGUAUACACUGCAGCGCUAUUCAGAUGCAGAACAUUUGCACGCUCUAACAAACACAAGCAUCCAAUCAUGUGUUUACAGUACAAGUGCGACGAGGAAUGACGAGGGUGAAGAGACACUGGGUCGAGUCUAAAAUGGAUCCAAGUCCCAUGC